CCCACUAAAGGCUACCGUCAACAUUACACAGGCCGAUCCUCCUGAGAACAGGACUCCUCUCUUUCAACCAGAAACAAGACUGAACAGUUCUUGAAUCAUCCUAAUGUUCUGUGAACUCUAAACAGAAGUGAAAUCAUUUUUGCUUUUCCAUUCUUAUUUUUGGGGUUGGGAAGUCUGUCAUCGUUCUGUUUUUCAUGUUCGACCCCUUGGUGAGACAGACCAACAGUAAACUGUCCACCUCGCCCGUUGGCGCGUGAGGAUCAGUACACACCUUCUAGCCAAUAAAACGCCGAGUAGGCGAAACAAAAGCGCGAGCCGUGUCCGAAUAUCCGACCAGUAGUGCUUGGAUAAGUUUUCAGCACCACAGACCAGAGAACAGUAACAGUCACAGGCGCGCGACAGUCCUAGAGCCAUGGAGCCGUCCACUGCCCCUGGUGCUGAACCGGCUGAUUUCGACAUGUACUCGGUGAUUCCGUUCAAUGUCACCUACCCGGACGACGAGAUGGGGUUCGUGCCCAACGGGGAAAACUACACCCAGCAGCUCCCGGUUCAGAGCGCCUCCAAUAUUAUAGUAGCCAUCUCCAUCACCGCGCUCUACUCGGUUAUCUGCGUGGUGGGAUUGCUCGGGAAUGUCCUUGUGAUGUACGGGGUGGUGAGAUACACCAAGAUGAAGACAUCCACCAACAUCUACAUCUUUAACCUGGCUCUAGCGGAUGCCCUAGCCACCAGCACACUGCCCUUCCAGAGCGCCAAGUACCUGAUGGGGACCUGGGCCUUCGGAGAGGUCCUCUGUAAGGUGGUCAUCGCCAUCGACUACUACAACAUGUUCACCAGCAUCUUCACCCUGACCAUGAUGUCUGUGGACCGCUACAUUGCUGUGUGCCACCCAGUGAGAGCCCUGGAGUUCAGGACGCCUGCCAAUGGUAAGAUCAUCAACGUUCUGAUCUGGGUUCUGUCCUCUGCCAUCGGAGUGCCCAUCAUGGUCAUGGCGGUGACCAAAACAACAGACAGUGGUCAGACUAUGUGUACACUGAAGUUCCCCGACCCUGACUGGUACUGGGACACAGUCACUAAGAUCUGCGUUUUCAUCUUUGCCUUCAUCAUCCCUGUCAUGGUCAUCACCAUCUGCUAUGGUCUGAUGAUACUGCGUCUGCGCAGUGUCCGCCUGCUCUCCGGCUCUAAGGAGAAGGACCGCAACAUGCGCCGCAUCACCCGCAUGGUCCUCGUGAUUGUCGCGGCCUUCAUUAUCUGCUGGACGCCCAUCCACAUCUUCAUCAUCAUCAAGACUCUGAUGGAGAUUGACUCUGGGAACGCCUACGUGAAAGCCAGCUGGCACCUCUGCAUUGCGCUGGGCUACAUGAACAGUAGUCUCAACCCUGUUCUCUACGCUUUCCUGGACGAGAACUUCAAGAGGUGCUUCCGGGACUUCUGCCUGCCCUGCCGGACCCGCGUGGAACGCAACUCCCUCAACAGGGGUCGGAACGCCAACCGGGAACCCGUGUCCAUCUGCGCUCCGACUGAAGCUGGGACGGAAAAGAAGCCUGUAUGACUAGGCAUGGACCAGAUCCCUCGUGGUUCUCGAUCCAGGAGGGUCCAGCAAGAACUGCAGUCUGAGAUCACCCAGAUCUCCACAACAGAGUUCUGACAGGACAAACAAUGAUUUAGUCAGACUCACACAGAGGUGUUAGUAAAGGAGGUUCCAAAACACACCAUAGUUUUUUUUAGACCUCAUUGACAUUCCUACCAGUGAAAUUUAGGAACUUUCUUUAUUGUAGCUCAGAAGUAGAGAGAUUAAAUUCUUCAUCAUAAAUCCUUUUCAAUAAAACUCAACACACAUCUCUGUGAAGGUUCUAUCUAGAGACAAUCUGCGAAGGUGCCAGGCCUUUUUGAGUAGUGAAUUUCUGGUUUAUGACAAAUGGAUGUCUGGCUGCAGAGUGAAUACACAGGAUGUUGUCAAGGACAGUGGUCCAAAGUAUACGGCAUGGUUUUGUCAACAAGUCAUCGCUGUUUGUGACUGAUGACAAGCUGCACACAUAUAGGACGGGGGUUGUUUUUAAAACAAAACAACAGGGUAAGGGAAACCACUGAAUGAGUAGAUAUGUAGACAUCUGAAAUGGGGACGUUUGACCCAGGAGGGGGUGGAGAAAACACCAAACACUGUUCAGUGAAAAUGACAGUUGUUACAGCUGACGGACUUGGCAAAGAUUCCAAAUGCUAAGCAGUGGUCUAUUUUUAUCUCAUGUACCAGAGACUGCAUCAUCCAUCUUGAAGUAGUGUGAAUAGAAAAGACAGACUGUAGCAUGGGUACAGUACACUGUGAGUGUGAUGUCAAUGCUUCUCCAGGCCACAGUAGCCUUGUGCUUUGACAAACUGAGAAAGUGCAGAAGCAUGGAUGUCCAACCUUUGUUAAUCAGACCUUCUUUCUAUUCUCUGGGAAGCAAGCACCUGUAAACUAACAUCGAUGAUGAAUUUUCAAAGACUGCUGACGCAUAUUCCAUCACACUUGACUAAGAUAUAAUGGAGAAAAAAGUCGUUUUCCACUUUCCAUCUACAAAAGGCAAAACAAAUACAUUUCAUGCGCCACAGAGGAAGAAGUAACUACAGAUCUGUUUUGACAGGUUGGAUGAUGGAUGAAAACAUACUUUAGUGUAAAGCACUGGGGCACGAGACACUGAAACAAAAUGGGAGAAUGGGGCUGAUAGCUACAUGAAUCUGCAAACAAUGGAAAUAUACAACAGAGCUCUGUGCCUGCCUGUGCUCCACUGCUGUACCAUAGCAUUUCCUCACAGACACCUCGGCUCUCAGCUCCAAACCUACUAGACUUUCAUAGAUCGGAGCAGAGAGGUAGAAGGGACCACUGAGAGGAAUAACUAAACAAUCAUAGACCACUGAGGGUGGAGGAGCAGACAGCCUAAUCUAGAUCUACACUCUGUGUGAAUGCAUUACUACUUUGAUGAAUGUAAAAAUGAAACAACAACAGCAAAACAACUUUAAAACUGACAAGCCUGAAGAGUAUGGCGGCUUGUGAGACCAAGACCACAAACCUCUUGAGAAUCACUGAGCAUGUACAUAGCUGAACCAAGUGAGAUUUGGAAAGGACUCACUAUCUGUGUUACUGUGUAAUUGGAGAAAAACAUUGUGUCAUCUGUCAAAUUAAAUCGAUGGCAGAUUAGAGAGACUUAACUAUGGCAUUAAGUCAUGAUAAGAUUCCUAAGAAAUAUGAUGACAGCGCUCAAUUUUACCUUGAGGGCAUCAACUAAUUAUAGUGAUUAAGAUUAAAAUUGCCCGUCAUAUUUCAUAGGCUGUAGGCUAUAAUUUAUGACUUUAUUAUAGGGUAUAAAUUCUCCCGGUAACCUUGCAAAACAUCAAUACUGAUGAAAGAUCAAGCCUGUAAAUCGUUCCAUAGAUUGCAACCCACAUGGCACCCUAUUCCCUAUAUAGUGCACUACAUUUGACCAAGUAGUGCACUAUGUGUAGAUAUAGAUAUUCUCAGAACUCCUACGUAUUAUUUACGUAGUUGGCUAACUUUUUCAGUGACAGGUGAAACUACCUGGCUUCCAUUUGUGUAUGUGAUUCUGUAUGCUGUUUUGAUGAUGCCUACCUCUCUAUUUUCACAGUGAUAUUUGAUCACAUAGCUGUAUGCUCUAUUAGCUACUGUACUGCUUAACUGCUGAGGCUAGUCUUACAUUAAAAAAGAAAAGAAGAGAGAAACAGAUUAAGUCCCAUUUAUAAAAUGCGAUUAUUUUCGUCCCGGUCUUAUUUGCAGUAUAUGUCCUGGCAGUGAGUGAAAAUGCUUCAGGACUAAUAACACAGACUGCUGAAUUAUUUACAGCCGAAUCCGUUUCUGGUUUAUGUUCUCUUUGCUUUUGUCAGUAUUCCUGACAGACACACUUUAUAUUAUUAUGUGGAUCUAAAACUAUGUAUUUACAUGGCUUCUACAAAGAGAGAUAGUGUAUUAAAAUGUGGAACAGGCUACACAUCAUUAUGUAUAACAGAUAUGAUAUUGAUUACAUGCAUUAGCUUUGCAAACAAGCUCACAUCGACAGGGUAGAGAUAUUUAAGUACUGUACUCCAGUGUAACAAUGUUCACAACUUCUGUUCACAUCUAAAUAUGGUUUAAACACCCUUUAAUACACAGUGGGACCAUAAUGGUAAAAGGUACAGUACAGUACAUCAAACUGACAAAUGCGUGCAAAUGUCACAAAAUAGAAAAUGACCACUUAGCCACCCAUUUUAUUAGAGCAACAGUUGCUAAUAGCCUACUAUAACCGUUUUGCCUCUGAGUGUCUGUUAUAGAACGAUGGAUUUUAUAUUGGUCAAGGCUAACUCCCAUAUAGUAUUUCUCGGAACCGCUGUCAAUAGCUACAUUACUACAAUACAAUUGUAACUUUCCUUUCUCUUGUCAUGUGAGUCACUCUUUGUGUUGAAAAUCUAAUUUCAUUAUUUCACAAUCUAUCAUUCAUGUUUUUUAUACUUAUACACCGAGUGUACAAAACAUUAAGGACAAGGCCCGUGCUGGCCCGUGUUGACUCCAAUGCUUCCCACAGUUGUGUCAAGUUGGCUUGAUGUUCUUUGGGUGGUGGACCAUUAUUAAUACACACAGGAAACUGUUGAGGAUGGAAAACCCAGCAGGAUUGCAGUUCUUGACACAAACCAGUGUGUCUGGCACUUACUACCAUUCCCCAUUCAAAGGCACUUAAAUAUUUUGUCUUGCACAUUCACCAUCUGAAUGGCACACAUACACCAUGCAUGUCUUAAUUGUCUGAAGGCUAGAAAAUCAUUCUUUAACCUGUCUCCUCCAUUCAUCUACAUUGAUUGAAUUGGAUUUAACAAGUGAUAUCAAUAAGGGAUCAUAGCUUUCAACUGGUGUCACCUGGUCAGUCUACAAUAUGUCAUGGAAAGGGCAGGUGUCCUUAAUGGUUUGUAUACUCAGUGUAUUUUGGUAAAACUUUAUUUAAAUAGUCAAUGUGCAGAUGUUCAACAAACUAGCUGUAGACUAUCAGCAGGAUAUCAACAGUAUUUUUUUUAGCCUACAGAUUCACUAUUUAAUCCAAAUAAAGCUUUACCUCUGUUUUUUCUAGCACUGUUCUUCUGCCCUGCUUUGGAUAUUGCAGUUAGGGCCUUUUGUCAUUUUUAUGAAUUAAUAUACAUGUAUGUGUAACUCCUUUAAAAACUAUUGAAUACUGGAACAUUUCUGUAAAAUGUAUACAAAAAGCUGUAUGUUUGCUUAUAUUCAAUGUAUUGCCAGAGACUGUAAGGUAUUUGUGCUAGUCACACUUGAACCCAUCAUGAUUAACUUUGCAGUGCUCAUGCAGUAAUCCUUAUAGUUUAUAGUUUAUAACUUACGCUAGAUGAGUAUCUAUUGUAAAAUGCAUUGAUGAAUUAACAGCAAGCCAAGAUGUUUUACAAGAAGCUUCUCAGAUUGUUGAUUAAAACAACAACACAAAUCAAUAAAAUGAACACGGUAGCAAA